GGCUGCGGAGGGCCGCUGGCGCUCCGGACUCUGCGGGUGCCAGGGCGGCGGCUGCAGGCUGAGGGCGACGUGGAGCGGCCACGUGGAGCGGCCCGGGGGAGGGCCGGGCGCGGGGAGCCGAGCCGCGGGCGGCGCGCAGCCUCGAGCGACGACGAAGCUGGACCCGAGUCGCCGCCGCAGUUCCAGUUACAGAAAGGAUGUUACCUUUGACAAUGAGAAUGUUCUUGCUGCUGCUGCUGCCUGUGGGUCAGGCUGCUCCCAAGGAUGGAGCCAUGAGGCUGGACCUUGAUGCGCAGCAUCAGCCUCUGUCCAACCCCUUCCAGCCAGGCCAGGAGCAGCUUCUACUUUUGCAGAGCUACCUAAAGGGACUAGAGAGGAUGGAAGAGGAGCCGGAGCACAUGAGCCGGGAGCAGGUUCUCCUCUACCUCUUUGCCCUCCACGACUAUGACCAGAGUGGACAGCUGGAUGGCCUGGAGCUGUUGUCCAUGUUGACAGCAGCUCUGGCCCCUGGAGCUGCUAACUCUCCCACCACCAACCCAGUGAUCCUGGUAGUGGACAAGGUACUCGAGACCCAGGACCUGGAUGGGGAUGGGCUCAUGACCCCGGCAGAGCUCAUCAACUUCCCAGGAGAGGCCCCGAGGCACGCAGAGCCCAAAGAGCCCCUGGAACCACAAGAUGUUGGGAGGCAGUCCCUGUUAGCUAAAAGCCUGUCGAGACAAGAAGGACAGGAAGCCCUGGGUCCCAGAGAAGAAGCUGGGGGACAGGAGGAGGCCAGAAGAGAGUCCUUGGAACCUCUACAGGAGGCUGGGGGACAGGCAGAGGCUGAAGGAGAAGCCCCAGGCCCUGGAGGGGAGGUUGGGGCACAGGCAGAGGCCAGGGACACUGGAGAGGGAGCAGAACAGCUUCCAGGGCAAAUACUGGAAUCUGAGAACACCCCAAGUGAGUUUGAGGUUCACGCUAUUCAACUGGAGAAUGAUGAGAUAUAAAUCUUGAGGAUACAGGUUUGCACCCCUAGAAGUCUCAGUGCCAGAACAAUAAGCCCCGAAAGGUCGGGUGUGUAUGUUGGGACAAGGACCUCUCUGUGUCCCUUCCUGGCCCCUGUAGGUGGCAGGUCUUGCUGUGCAGUUCAGGGAGACCCUAAGUUGAAGGGCAGCUUUAGGGCCCAGAUAACCAAUAAAGAACUGAAUGAACUCA